AUGGAACUGCAAAAUUAUUCCUUGGUGUCAGAAUUUGUUUUGCAAGGACUCUGCACUUCCCGUCAUCUCCAAAAUGUUCUCUUUGUGUUCUUCUCUGGGAUAUAUGUGACCAUUGUGCUGGGUAAUGUCAUCAUUGUGGUCACUGUCAUUUUUAACCCCUCCUUGAACUCUUCCCCUAUGUACUUUCUGCUGGGAAAUUUAUCUUUUCUGGACAUAUGGCUGGCCUCAUUUGCCACUCCCAAGAUGAUCAGGGAUUUUCUUAGUGAUCGAAAGCUCAUCUCAUUUGGAGGAUAUAUGGCUCAAAUCUUCUUCUUGCACUUUGUUGGUGGGGCUGAGAUGGUACUUCUGGUUUCCAUGGCCUAUGACAGAUAUGUGGCCAUUUGCAAACCCUUGCAUUAUAUGUCCAUGAUGAGCAGGCAGACUUGCAUCGUGCUGGUGCUGGUAUCGUGGACUAUUGGAUUUGUGCAUUCCAUCAGUCAGGUAGCCUUCACUGUGAAUUUACCUUACUGUGGCCCCAAUGAGGUAAAUAGUUUCUUCUGUGAUCUUCCUCUUGUGAUCAAGCUUGCCUGCAUGGACACCUACGUCUUGGGUAUACUUAUGAUCUCAGACAGUGGGUUGCUCUCCAUGAGCUGUUUUCUGCUCCUGCUCACCUCCUACACUACCAUCCUCAUCACUGUCCGUCAGCGGGCCUCUGGUGCAGUAUCCAAAGCACUCUCUACUUGCUCUGCACAUAUCAUGGUGGUCACACUGUUCUUUGGGCCUUGCAUCUUCAUUUAUGUGUGGCCUUUUAGUCGGUUUUCUGUGGACAAGCUCCUCUCUGUGUUUUACACCAUUUUCACUCCACUUUUGAACCCCCUCAUCUACACAUUGAGAAAUAAGGAGAUGAAAACAGCUAUGAAGAAACUGUGGACCCGUCAUAGAACUUUUCAGUGA